UAUCACUCACACUCUCUCUCCCUCAACAUAUCUCUCUCCCUCUCUCUCUAAGUUUCAGCCAUGUCUCUCCUCUCCGAUCUCGCCAAAAUAAACCUCUCAAACACCACUGAGAAGAUCAUCGCCGAGUACAUAUGGAUCGGUGGUGGAUCUGGUAUGGACCUAAGAAGCAAAGCAAGGACACUGCCAUCAAAUGUGACAGACCCAGCAAAACUGCCCAAGUGGAACUACGAUGGUUCCAGCACAAACCAAGCAACCGGGGACAACAGUGAAGUUAUCUUAUAUCCUCAAGCAGUGUUUAAGGAUCCAUUCCGGGGAGGAAACAACAUACUGGUUAUUUGCGAUGCAUACACGCCAGCUGGCGAGCCAAUUCCUACCAACAAAAGACACAGUGCCGCCGAGAUAUUCAGUCACCCUGAUGUCACCGCUGAGGAGCCUUGGUAUGGCAUUGAACAAGAAUACACACUUCUUCAAAAGGACACAAAGUGGCCAAUUGGAUGGCCAGUUGGUGGCUACCCUGCUCCUCAGGGACCUUACUACUGUGGUAUAGGAGCAGACAAGGCCUAUGGCCGAGAUAUCGUCGAUGCGCAUUACAAGGCUUGCCUCUAUGCUGGAAUUGACAUCAGUGGAAUCAACGGCGAAGUUAUGCCUGGCCAGUGGGAGUUUCAAGUUGGUCCUGUUGUUGGUAUUGCUGCUGCAGAUCAAUUAUGGGCUGCGCGAUACAUUCUUGAGAGGAUCACAGAAAUUGCUGGAAUUACUGUCUCAUUUGAUCCAAAACCAGUCCCGGGUGAUUGGAAUGGUGCUGGUGCUCAUACUAACUUCAGUACCAAGUCAAUGAGACAUGAAGGCGGGAUCGAUGUGAUCAAGAAGGCGAUUGAGAAACUAGGCAAGCGCCACCAGGAGCACAUUGCAGCCUAUGGUGAAGGAAAUGAGAGAAGAUUGACCGGUCGCCAUGAGACUGCUGACAUCAACUCAUUUUCAUGGCAGGGUGUGGCAAACCGUGGAGCAUCUGUUCGUGUUGGUCGCGAUACUGAGAAAGCAGGAAAAGGCUACUUUGAAGACAGAAGGCCAUCAUCAAACAUGGAUCCAUACAUUGUAACCUCAAAGAUCGCCGAGACCACUAUUCUCUGGAAGCCAUAGAAGUGAAGCCAAGUUUGGAAGGUAAUGCAAAGAGAGUAGGGAUGGCAUAUUCAAAAUAAGCCUCUCUCUUGUGGGUUACUGAUUUGAAUGUACUUUGACUAAUUUUUGUUUCUCAUGUGUUUAAACUUUUGAUCAUGACAUUGUUGAAAAUGUCCCCCUUGUGUUUAAGUACUUGCCUUUUCUUUAUAAUAAAGAAGAUAGUCUAGAAUUGGUUGUGAUU